UGGCAGGCUUGUUAAUGUUGUGCGCUGGCUUAUUGUUGGCUAGUUUAAUACCGGUCGAUCGCGCGUACGUCCGAACCCCCAUACCCACGUGUACGUAUAUAGCUACUGUAAAAUAGUGUACUUGUAUGUACUGUGUGUAUACUAGAUCUAGGCAUAAAGAAGGAGCUGAGCUGAGCUACAUCAAUUUAAUUAGGAAAUCGAAACUUGGAAAAGCACUUUAAAGUGGAGUGGAUAUCUUCUGGCUCAAUCAUGUCGAAAUCUUUCAUCGAGUACGGUCCGGAAUGUAACUUUCCCAUUCAGAAUUUACCGUAUGGAGUGUUUUCGACUGCAUCUAACAGCAAACAAAGGAUUGGUGUUGCAAUUGGAGCUGUGAUACUAGACCUCUCUCAGAUCAAGGAUCUAUUUAAUGGAGCCAUCCUGUCAGAGUGCAACGAUGUGUUCACUGAGGAAACUCUGAACAAGUUCAUGGCACUUGGAAGACCUGCCUGGAAGGAAGCUAGAGCUACUCUUCAACGGCUUCUUGCAGCUGAUGAACCUACUCUCAGAGAUAAUGCUGAUCUCAGGGAAAGAGCAUUUGUUCCCCAGAGUAGCGCUGCAAUGCAUGUUCCUGCAUCUAUUGGAGACUACACUGAUUUCUUCUCUUCUAAAUACCAUGCUACAAACACUGGUACCAUGUUCAGAGGACCAGACAAUGCCCUGCAACCAAACUGGUUGCAUCUUCCUGUAGCAUACCACGGCCGUGCUUCGUCAGUAGUGAUUUCUGGUACUCCAGUCCGUAGACCUUGUGGACAGUCUAAGCCAGAAGACAAACCUCCAGUAUUUGCUGCUUGCAAGCUCAUGGAUUUUGAACUUGAAAUGGCAUUCUUUGUUGGACCAGGUAACAAGCUAGGUGAACCCAUCCCUGUUGGCAGUGCUCAUGAACACAUCUUUGGUAUGGUCAUGAUGAAUGAUUGGAGUGCAAGAGAUAUUCAGAAGUGGGAGUAUGUUCCUUUGGGUCCCUUCCUGGGCAAGAACUUUGCAACCACAGUGUCUCCUUGGGUCGUGACUAUGGACGCCUUAGAACCAUUUCUUGUAGCCAACAAUGCUCAGGAUCCAACACCUCUUCCUUACCUUCAGCAUGAUGACCCUUUCAACUUUGACAUCAGCAUUACUGCAGCUGUCAAGGGUGCUGAGAUGCAAGAGCCUGCAGUUGUCUCUCGGUCAAACUUCAAGCAUAUGUAUUGGUCGAUGAAGCAGCAGCUAGCUCACCAUACAGUGACAGGAUGCAAUGCUCAACCAGGAGAUCUUAUGGGAACAGGAACACUUAGCGGACCGACUCAGGAAAACUAUGGAUGUAUGCUGGAGUUGUGCUGGAAGGGAACCAAGGAAGUCGAUCUUGGUAACGGCAACAUAAGGAAGUUUCUCAAAGAUGGGGAUACAGUUAUUCUUUCAGGCCACUGCCAAGGUGAGGGAUACCGAGUUGGAUUUGGUGAGAGUGUUGGUACCAUAACACCAGCUCUAAUCUAAUCUAGUUCAUCAGGUCUACAUCCAUCAGCUGAACAUCCAUUGAACCCUCGGCCCAGCAGUCAGUAUACCGACGUAGUCAAUUAUGUCAUUGAAAAAAUUCACCACUUCUCUGCAAGAAGUUCAUUGGUCAUAGAAUUAGUUUUAGAUAACCAAUAAUUACAUGUGUGAUUUGAGUUGUAAUACAUUGUGUAGGCACUAGGCAGGUAGGAAUAGGACUGAAUAUAAGUUUCAAAGGUUAUAAAGGUUGAUUUUUUUUUCUUCUUCAUACAAAGCCUUUUAUCCAGGGUGUAUGCUUCAAUAUGCACAAGUAUUCAAUGACUGGAAAGUACAUCUUCAUUUAUUGUGUAUGAUUCAAUUUACAGACAUGCUGCAGGUGAAUAUUUCGCAUGCCAAUGCAGUGUUUAAGAAGGAUAAAGGAUGAUGUGUUAGUUACAUGGAAAAAGAAACUGAGAUGAAAUAUUCUUGGUUGUUACAUCCGUGUGUUCACUUUGGGUGUAGGGUGCUGAACUGGUUCAACUAUUUGUUCUAUAUCAGAUGUGAUUGGUUUCUACACAACCCCCUCCCCCUCCUUACUUUAUUUACUAUGUCCUACAUGUGUGCUUUCUUUGACUCCUAACAUGAUAUAGUUUUUUUUAAUCCAUCCAAAGCAUGUGCUUUUUUUAGUUUGGAUUCAACAUUGGUUAAUUGUUUGAAAUUUGUUUUGAAAUCUGCAUGGCACUAUAUAGAGAGAGUAAGGUAAAGAGAAAGCAAAUGGAGCUGAAAAUGAUUUUAAAAACAAUCAAAAGUAAAUGUAUUGCUCUAGUUUUGUGUCAGACAUGAACUAGAUAUAAUAUGAAAUAUGAAGAUGUCUUGAAUGCCUUCUAUGAUAAUUGAAAUAUCAUUUGAGUGAAAUAUUAUAUAUUGGUAAUGUGAAACUUUAAGAUUUAUAUUAUUUUGAUGUCACUGUCAAUAAUUUGAACAGCUGUUUUUCAAGUUAUCCUUAUAUCCAAAUAUAUUAUGCCGGUUCAGAACCAGGUUUUAUCUAUUCAGUAUGUGAGCCACACACGUAAAAAAUGUGUCAUCAACGUUUAAAAGAGAAGCGAUUUAUUCUUAAGAACUAUGAAUUUUUAAAUAUAUUUUAUCAGGAAGCACUACAUGAAUACUCGCCCUUAUUCAUGUCAAAAGCACUUUUAAAGGAAGACCUAUGUGCAAAACUGUUGGAUUUAAUCAUUAGUCAGUAUAAUUUCUUCACAAUAAUUUUUUUUUGCUUUUUAUUAUUUAUUUUUACAAACUAGAUUGACAAUCAUGAGUAAGGUAUUGUAGUUGUAAAGAGAUGUAAAAUAUUUUGAAUGUAAAUCAAUGAUCAUCUAAAGGUAGAAAAGAAAAGGCUGAAACUGAUUCAUAACAUGGAUUUUGAGUGCUGAUUACUGAUUAAAAUAUAAAAUAAUUGA